AUGGAGUCCGUGGUCGAUGAAUGGAAAGCGUUUUUGUCUCGCUGUAUUGCGAGCCGGAUUCCACCAGACGUCUUCGCGGCCGCAGUCGCGCAGCUCCACGCGAAGUCUCCCCUGCCAGGUCGAAAGCUUGCUGCCCUGGUGCUUCUCCCACGCGCUGCAGGCAUCGACCCGCGUUCCAUUGCGAUUCUCGAACAAUUACUAGCCUUGAAAAAGGUCGACGCAUCUGAUGUCUUAACGGUGACCUUUUUGCACUCCAAGGAUCGGCGUCCGAUUAACACAGGGGACGAAAAGGCACCUAAAGAUGCACAAUGGAGCAACCCCCCAGAACUAGAGGAGAUUAUUUUUCAUCGACUGCACAAGGCCUUUGCCUCGGAGGAGCGUCCUGUCAAUAAUACUGAAGGGCUGCGCACGCUUAUUGUCGUUACAAGAUGGAUGCAGGUAAUGGUGACAUCGCAUACCAGCGAUACCAUGAUCCAGGCCAUGGCUGGCAUACAACAGCCACAUCAGCAGUCCAUCAACGCCAGAGAAGGCCUUGCCAUGCUUGUAAUCGGUGUUAUAGAAAACCCAAGAAUAUUGGCUAUCUUGAGCAAUCCCAAAGGCAAAGAUGUUCGAAAGAAUUUCGUUCAGUCGCUGUCCUCGUUCAUUCCUUUCCUCCACAACAACUCCGCCGGAUCACAAACAUCCUUGUCAUUAGCAAAUAGACUAGAAAUGUCACAAAAGCAACACGACUUCUUCGAGAAGCUUCCGAAUGUUAACGGUGAGCGGAACGAGAGUACCGGUCUGGAAGUUGCUGCAUUGCAACUUGACGCGGUGAUGGAGCUUCCCCAGGUCAACACGCGGCCUGGUCUUUAUGUGUUUCUGAACGCCUUGCUUGUCGCGCGGCCUCUGACUGACGACUUCACGAUCAUUAGUCACCUGCAUUCACGAUAUAAGGUAGGCUACCCAUUGGGUAUUCCACAGGGUUCUGACUUGCAGCAGUUGGAGCCUCAGAAUAUGGCAACUGAUUUGAUCACUGCUGCGUUCGAUAUCCUCGCAAACGCCAUGUACCGCAACGAACAAUCAGAAACGCUGUUCUACUUGAAGUCUUUCCUUAUCAACAAGGUGCCCAUACUUCUCACGCAAUUGUCCGGGUCAAUAUUCCCAAUGACAGUUGAGAUGUGUAUCACCCAGGCACUCAGUCAUGUCGAUCCCCAUGCUUUUCCGUCAUUCUCGCAAGGUUUCGACGACAUCAUGGGGAGUAACAACUCCCUUUCUGACGUUCGACAAGAUUUCCUCAAUGCCUGUGCACUCCAUGGCCUCAUUGCAGCGGGUACCGUGGAGCGGUUGCUGGGCGAAGCCCCCAUGCAAGGACCGCCAGCGAAGAGAUACGAGAGGAAAGAACUGCUGAAUCAGUGCAAAACAAACUUUGAUAAGAUCAGCUUAUAUAUUGACGAACUUGAGAAUGUAGAUGGUAAUGCCGGCGCCAUCGUCGCCGCAGUCACAGAUUUUAUAGCACACCUCUGCGAGACUCAGACGACUAUGUAUCUGAAGCAGUUGUCCUGCUUGAUCUUCAGGAAGCCUCAGGCAAUGGACGUGAUGCUUCAAUUCACCUCCCCACCCAGCAUUUUGCGGCCACUAUGCCAGUUCCUCGACGACUGGCACUAUGAUAGCGACCAAGGUGAGCAUCAACCAGUCUACGAUGAAUUUGGUGCGAUACUCGUUUGUAUAAUGACGUUCAUGUACCGUUACGAUCUGACGUACCACGACAUCGGUAUUGGACAUGACUCUUUCGUCGCUAAACUCAUGCAGCGCGGGCACCAUGGUAUGCUGCCAGAUGAGUUGACUGAAGAGCAGGGAAAGCACCUUGGUAAUUGGCUAAAGGGGCUCUACGACUCUGACAAGGAAGGACUUAGCAAUGAGGUGUUUGCUUCUUGUCGCCCACAGGAGUUCUAUCUGACAGUUCCAACAUUAUUCAGACAGACAGUCGUGGCUUGUUCUACAGGCGUGUUAUCUUUCGAGACCGUCAAGGGUGGCUUGGAGUAUCUCGGAGAAACAUUCCUUUUGCCGUCUCUAAUCGGGGGUCUCACCUGGAUGGCUUCCUAUGCGCUCUUACAGACCCAUAACGACCUUGAUGCGAUGAUACGCAUUUUCAACGAGGUUAUACUCUCAAGUCCAACAUCCGGUGAUGCACAGGCUAUGCACUCGACAAUUAUAGCGAUAGUAUCCAGCCGCCUCGAGAAAUGCUUCCGCACACUGCAGCGCCGCGAGCCGAAUCGCACUACUCUGGAGCCAUUUAUUCAAGCGAUCAAGGCACACUCUCAUUACGAACGUACCGCAUAUGCCACCUUGAAGGAACUUGAUCAAUGGACGAACGUGCCCCAUAGUACACUGAAUACAUCUCUUCGACAUACUGUACAGCAGCUGUCGCAGUGGGCUUCCACUGCAUCAUUACAGCCGAAUCCGCCCAGCUAUACCCAUCGUCAGAUCUACGCUUCGCUGAAAAUGCUAGGCGCAACUAGGACGUUGCGGGCCAUCGUAGAAGAGGUAAAAAACCAAACAGAUGCUGGCAACGGUGCAGCUGCACUUGACAUUGGUAUCUCCAUAAUUUGUGCGCCUAUGGUAGAAGAUAGCCCAGUAUCAGUAGACUGGGUGGCCAGCCAGAUAGUGGCACCAGCGCCACAGCGAACUCGCAUGAAUCUGAGGGAGAUUCUCAAACAAGAGUUCGACUGUGCGGCAAACCUCGUUGCAACAGACCCGCUAACAGCAGAAACAAUUGUACGCCUACAUCGUCGUGUGGAAGCACACUUUGCCUCACUCAGCGAGACCGGACUUCAGGCACCACCAAUUAACAUCCCUAGUGUACACAUUGGAGAUAUGCAGUCGCAAACGAUCUCAGACGACUUGAAUCGAGCCAUUGACGAUGCGGCAGCGGCAAGUAUCGUUGAAGACAUUUCCAACAUGGACAACAAAGCGCUUCAAAGAAGUAUGGAUGAGCUUACCGCAUCCGAAGGUCUGGAUUUGUCGAGCAUCGGGAUGGGCAAUGGCGAUUCAGGGACGGGCGAUAUGGGUACGGAUCUGGGCAACCUACCUGACUUGGACCUGGGUGAUAUGGGAAGUAUGGGAAUGGACAUGGACAUGGAUAUGGGUAUGGGAGGUGGCGGAGGUGAUGAUGACUGGGGAUUGGACUUUGAUAACAUGUAG